UCUGCUCUUAGGCAACUACCACCACAGCAGCUGCUAGAACACACCCGGACCGACAGAGAGAGCACUUGUUGCUGUUGACGUUUUGGUACCUGCCCUUGUUUAGCGGAGAUCUGGUUCUUUCAGGGGGGAACAGACAGAAAAACGACGGUCCUAGGCAGCGAUUUGGGUCCCCACUUUUUCAAACGAGAGACACGAGAGACAAAAGAGCAGAGAUAUGUCUUCUCCCACCAUGACCGAGGGUGCUCUGCCGGCGACACCGAACAACCUGGACCACGGAAAUGGAGGACGGGAACAAACUUCGGCGUCGCCAAUGCCACCCCCGCCCCCAUUCAACACGCCCUCGGGGACUAUGGGCGCAGGGGAUGUCCCCGUGGCAAUGGACUCUGCCCAAGGUGGGGACGAAGUGACCGGUGCUGCUUUGGCCAAUAUGCUGUCGGGCAUCGGUAUCAGCGACAACGCCUCAGGGGACGCGGUUUCAGCGACGCCCCGGAGUGGAGGGGGGCAGGGCGUCGACCAAGAUGACGAUGAUGACGACGAGGACUACGUGGAUGGGGAGGAUAACGAGGUAGAGCUACCGCCAGAAGUGAUGAAGAGGCUGUACGAGCUCAAGGCCCUGCAGUCAGAGAAGGACGUGAUUUACGGAAAGUACAAGGCGAAGCGCGCGGAGCUGGAGAUGGAGUUUGCCAAGGAGUACGGAGCGAUCUACAGCCGCCGGGCGGAGGUUGUGGCGGGGAGGUCGAGGGAUAUUGACGAUCCGGAGCCCGAGCUUGGCGCGCAGGGGGAGGGAGGGGCGGGCGGCGAAGCGGCUGGGGGAGAGGUUGGCGUGCCGCACUUCUGGAUGCAGUGCAUGCUUCACCACGAGGCCCUGCACGAUGUCAUUUGCGAGCCGGACCUGGAGGCGCUGUACUACCUGUCGGACGUACGCUGCGUGGACAAGGACACUCUCCUCGGGUUCACCCUCGAGUUCCACUUCGACGACAACCCAUACUUCUCGAACGCGGUGCUCACCAAGCGAUACGACACCGCCAACAUCAUGGACCAGGGAGAACCCCUUCUGGAGGGAGUCGAGGGAACGCCGAUCGAUUGGAAAUCCGGGCGAAACCUGUGCGAGAAGACCAUCAGGAGGAAGAUCAAGAGAGGGGGCUCCAGGAGCGGGGAGACGAGAACCAUCACCAAGGUGGAGAAGACGGAAAGCUUCUUCAAGUUCUUCCAGAACCCGGUCAUGUACGAAGACGAGGAUGAUGAAGAGGACGACGAGGAGGGUUUGGACGAGACGGAGGGGCCUUCUGACGACGACGUGGAGGGGGGAACGCUGGUUGGAGGCCACGAGGCAGUAGGCGAUGGAGAGGGCGCAGAAGGGGCCGUGAAGAAAUUGAGUUUCCAGGCGCCUACGGGGUUCGAGGCUCCCACCAGCGGCAGCGGCCCUGCGGACGGGAAAGAAUGCAAGCAGAGCUGA